AAUUCAUUUCUACACACCCUGUAGUUGUAGACUCCGAGGGGCCCCGAAGCUUCUCUAAUCAUCCACAUCGCCCGAUUUUUCUCCAUUAUGGACCCGGAAGAGGUCAUGAACCUGUUCGACUCAUGCUGGUUCAAUCUCGACAUCUUCAAGUUACAAUCACAGAGAUCAAAUUCUGAAACGAACCCAGAUGAUCACAUGAUCCAAAUCCAAGGAAAUCCAGAACCAAGAAUUUCAAGGAUCCCAACAAUCCAUGCAAGGUCCAAGAGCGAGCAGCUGGCCAGCUCCAUCCCAACCCUCAACUCUGACUUUUUAUCGAGAAAAGAGGUGGUUAUAACACACCCGACAUCUUCUGUGAAGCAGACCACGAAGAGCACAAGCUUGAGGCGAAGAACAAAGCUGACAAAGAGCUUGUCGGACCUUGAGUUUGAAGAACUAAAAGGGUUCAUGGAUCUGGGCUUUGUGUUCUCUGAAGAAGAUACCGACUCCAGCUUGGUUGAGAUCAUUCCUGGGUUGCAGAGACUGGUCAAGAAAGAGGUUGGCAGUGUGGAGAAAUCUUCGAUUCCAAGGCCUUACCUUUCCGAAGCAUGGGUGGAUUUGGAUAGGAGAAACAGAAAGAAGCCAUUGAUGAAGUGGAAAGUUCCUGAUUUGGGCAAUGAUACCGACAUGAAAGACAGCCUCAAAUGCUGGGCUCACACUGUUGCAUCCGCCGGGGUAGAUGACGGACGGGCAUAAACAUUACACACUUGUAGUCGAAUAGUAAGUAAUAGCUGCGGUGAAUCUUAUUCUUAAAUCUCAAAUUAAUUUUAGCAUUGAAGUCUCAAUUGCACUUUCAUUAAAUUUCAAAUGGCAUAAUCUUAGUAUUUGGAUAAACCUUUGGAUGUUGUGAAAUAAAUGAAAUUAGAUAGGA